GCACUAACACGAUAGAACUCAUGUCUUCACGUCGAAGCCAUCAUCAUAAUUCAGGCUCUGGUCAACCAAAAAACCCCGGAAGGCACCAAGGACAAUCUCUAGCUCGAGAGCAAAAUGGGCUGCUUGCCAGCGACGACUCAAGAAUGAUACUACCUGACAGAAGUAACGCUCAUGCUGGACAUAACGUCCUACCCACCUUACACAACGACUCAAGCAACCAAAAAAACGGAUCGAUUCUCCCCUCCGCGGACUUUCGAGACGAUACAAAACUCAAAACAGGAUACACUAAGCCAGAAGAUAUCAGAAUGGCCGAGAAGCAGAGAAGGUACACGACUUUACCACUAGCUGAGCAAAAAGAACAAGACAGGUGGGCACAUGAGAAACUUCAAACACACCUCUCCUCUUGUCCCGAGGGAUAUCGUUGGACUCCAUGGACCCAGAAGGGAUUUGAAGGAUACAGAUGUCAAGGUGGAGCACAUCUGAUCACGCAUAAGCUGCUCGCAGAGGGACAAGACGGCGUGUUCUUGCUGAACUUAUCUCCUGGUAGUACUUUUGGUUCAAAAGCUGUCCAAAUUUCCAAAAAUAAGCUAUGGUCUCACAAAGUUACGUGGUUCGGGCCAUUAUAUCCUGGCGUCGUUGGUAGAGGUAAUACUGCCGCAUACCCCGGAGGCCCACCUCAUCCAAUGCUAGCUAUGAGGAGCGACGGCAGUAGUCGUAACGACCAGCAGCCACGUCGUGAUAGACUUCCAUAUUCUGGCAUGACUCGGGGUAUUGGUGGCAGCUCUGGCUAUAGGGGAAGUAUGCUUCCAAGUGCUGCUUUCAGGGACGAUACAAGCGCUCCUGGUGGCCAGGUCGUGCCAAAUUCUCGAAAUAUACGAAGUGGAGGCCAAGAAUAUUAUGGUGGUCGUACAAUGCCCAAAGGAUGGACACCAGAUCAGCAUGCAUAUCCGACACGAGGCACGCAGGUAGACCCGGGGUGGCCAAUGCCUCCUCCUGAUUUCACACAAGGCUGCAUUAAUCCUAAACUUCUCGUUAUACCACCAGAAGGUGUCAACAACCCCAAUUAUCGAGCCAACUACAGUACCAUAAUCAGCGAUUAUGACAAAGCCAUGGCAGAGAAGCAGUUGCGCUUCAAGACUCUCAGCCCAGCAGAACAGGCUGUCCAGAAGAAAUGGGCGAAGAAUCAUCUCAUGAAAACAGAAGUCUGUCCACAAGGAUUUGGCUGGUGGUCUUACAGGACAGAUGAGCUUGCACCUGAUGGUUGUAAGCUUGAGGGAUACCGCUGCUGGGCUGGCGGGCACAUGGUAACGCAUGAAUUGUUGGUUGAGGACAAGGGCCGGUUUUACACUCCAGGCAUUGAUGAGGAUUGGAAUGAUAAAUGGGCUGGCCCUGUCUGGCCAAGCCUUUUCACGAGGCCAACUGGUAUUGGGGGAGAGGUAAUUGUUACGGACGGUGACGGGCAGCCGAAAUGGAAGGACCCUAAUUGGCAAUACUGCAGUUGGACCAAGCCAGGAUCGAGUAGCAAGAAAAAAAAGAAAUGGUGGAAACGAUAG